GACUUCGUGUCGUGAUGAAGUGCGUUGUGAGCUCUGUUUAAUAUAUGUAGUCAGUUUGGAUACUUGAAGAGUUUGCCAAUUUGAGAUAGUUUCCUCUUAUUUACUUCCCCUACUGAAAAUGCUGUGGAAAAUAGUUUUGUUGACGUAUUUCCUCUCACAAGUGUCGCCUGCUAAGAUAGGUUAUUUUUGGCACAUAACUGACAUUCAUCUAGAUACCCACUACCACUCCUACAAAGACAAUAAUUGCUGGCGAGGAGGCACCAGCAGACUGACUCUAGGCAAGUACGGGGACUACAACUGUGACUCACCCUGGCCUCUUAUAGAGUCCGCCGUCCUGGCCAUGAAGGCCAAACAUGGAGAGAACAUAGAGUUCGUGCUCUGGACUGGGGAUGCACUGUCCAACCCCAGCCGCCAACACCUAGCAGACAACUUCGCCGCUGUCAGGAACCUGACUCAUUUGUUGAGCCACGCCUUUUCCAGCAGUUUUGUGUUCCCUGUCCUCGGUCACAACGACCCGAGGUCAGCCGCCGCCGAGACGCAACCUUACCGUCACCUCAGCUCCAUGUGGCGGAACUGGCUGCCACCAGAGGUCCUACACACCUUCAACAAAGGAGGGUUUUACUCAAUCGAGCAGAAGUCCCGGCGACUAAGGCUGGUUGCUCUCAACACCAACCUAUGGACCGGUGAGGAGGGUGGGGAGGAUCCUGGCGGGCAGUGGCAGUGGCUAGAGACUCUCAUGGCCAAGUCGUAUCGUCUCAAAGAAACCAUAUACCUGGUGGGUCACAUGGCCCCAGGCACGGACGAGCGGCUAGGCAGUCCUUCUCGUACCUCCAUGGCACCACGUCACAACAGCCGCUACCUGCGACUGGUUCGUCGCUACGCAGACAUCAUCACAGGCCAGUUCUUCGGCCACCUACACUCUGACACGUUCAGGGUAGUCUACAAUGAAGCAGGACGACCAGUGUCCAACAUUUUCAUCGCUCCUUCAGUUACCCCUAAAAGAUGUUCCAGUGGGUUCAACAAUCCUGCUAUAAGACUUUACAAGUUCAACAGUGACACAGGACAGGUGAUAGACUACGUACAAUACUACCUGGACCUGACCACAGCCAACCAGAGGGAGUCAGCUGACUGGACGGUGGAGUACAACCUCACCUCCUACUACGGCUUCCACCGAGGAGUCUCGGCCGGGGAGUUCCAUGACCUCGCAGAAAGCUUCACAGUCACCGACGGUCUUCCACUGUUUGCCAGAUACUACUUAGUGAACUCUGUCAGCACAUCAGGAGUGAUGGCGUCCAUGCAGCAAGCCCAUAAUCAUUAUUGCGCCAUCACAAGACUAGACCCUGGUCAGUUCUACAACUGUCUUGCCUCAGCACCGAGUGCUCUAUUCUCUUCCGCAUCUUCAUUGGACGUUUCGUUAGCCCUUAUAUUAUCAUCUAUUUUAAUACUGAAACUAAGGUGACAAUAGCUUCUCGACCAACAAAUUCGUCAUGAAUAUUGUAAAUACUGUAGAUAAAAGUUUUGUACUUGAUUUGUAAACUAAGUGUGAUGGUCUGACAUUUCGAAGACGUUUUCUGUGAUUGGCGAAUGUUUAGGUAUACUACAGAGUGUUUUUAUUCUCAUAAGGCUAAGGUUUUUAAAUGAGCUGAUUUUGAAUUGUCUUUGGAAAUAUAUUAGUAUUUUACUUAACGCCUAUCGAUUUAUUUGUGGAUUGUUACCUACAAAUUACAACUGAAGUAGUAAGUAAAGUAAAAUAAAAACUCUUCAAAUGAUC